UGUCAUUGACCGAGAUAUCACACGUAUUGUAGGGUUUCUAAUAGGAUUAUAUUGCUAAAAACCAAUUUCUGUGAUAAUUUCAUUACCUAUUCUGUGUAAUUAGUAAUCAAAAUGUGGCUGGACGAAGCGGAUGGCUUUGCCGAAAUAUUUAAGGGCUAUUUGCCCUAUUAUUUGCUGGUGGCUCUGCCUAUUUUUAUAAUUAUGUCUCCUGUGAACCCAGUAGCAGCUUCUCAUGAGUUCUCGGUCUACAGAAUGCAGCAAUAUGAUCUACACACUGUUCCUCAUGGAUGCCGCAGUGCAAGUUUCAACCUGGAAGGGCGGUCCCUAACAACAUGGAGCACGUCCCGGCACUGUGUGGUGGCUCGGGUGCAGGACGUGUCUAUUGAUCAGUUCCUUGAGAUCCGUAACAAGGCUGGGGCACUGUUGCUCAUCAUGCCUUCAAAUGCUACUACAUUGACAAAUGAAGAGAAGGAGCACAUCCAACUCCUGGAAAUGGCGAUGGUUCAACAAGAGAUCAGUGCUCCAGUGUACUUCGCGCAGUGGGCUCCGGAGUUCGAGGACAUAUUGAAGGACCUGCAACACAGCGUGGUCACGGAUGACCGCUCCGGCACUGCCCUGGAAGCCAUGUUCAAUACUGUGUCUUCUAACGGAUACCAGAUUGUGGUGUCGGCGUCCACCCCUCACAAGUUGGAAUCCAAGUCAGUGACUAUACACGGCAAGCUGAUGGGGAGGUCCGGCUCAGCGCAGACCAUUGUCAUUGCCGCACACUACGACUCCUCAGCCGUAGUGCCCGAACUGUCUCAAGGCGCAGACUCGAACGCGUCAGGCGCUGUAGCGGUGCUGGAGCUGGCGAGGAUAUUCUCCCGGCUGUACUCGUCGGCGGCGGUGCGCGGGGCUCCCUCGCUGCUGUUCGUGCUGACCUCCAGCGGGCACUCGCUCAACUACUUCAGCAGCAAGAAGUGGCUCGAGGAACAGCUCGACAACGCUGACGCCUCCUUGCUGCAGGACGUGUCGCUGGUGAUGUGCGUGGACUCGAUGUCGUCGUCCCCGGCGCUGUGGAUGCACGUGUCGAAGCCCCCGGCGGUGGGCGGCGCGGCGCACUCGCUGGGCGCGCGGCUGGCGGCCGCCGUCACGCACAAGAAGAUCAACCUCGCCGACGAGGUGCUGGCCUGGCAGCACGAGCGGUUCAGCAUCAGGCGGAUGACGGCCUUCACUCUUAGCUCCCUGCAGAGCCACAAGGAGGCGGGCCGCAGCUCGCUGCUGGACGUGCCGUCGGAGCCGCGCCUGCAGCAGCUGGCCCGCAACAUCCAGCGCACGGCGCGCGCCCUCGCCUCGCACGUGUACAACCUCACCGCACACACCUACGACGGGGACGCCGCGCUCUACGACGACGCGCUGAGCGUAGAUGAGGCCGCUAUACGUCAUUGGUACAAGUACCUGUCUGCGCAGCCGCGGGCGCCGCAAAUCAUCACCACCGGCGCACCUACUGCAGGUGUGACAGGAGCGUUGGAGCGAGCCCUGUCCCGGUAUAUGGAGGUGUCUGUGAGCACACACACCACGGACAAGCGGGAGCCGGAGUACCAGCUCUAUGGACCCACUAGGGCUACAUUAUAUGUCUACAGCGUAAAGCCAGCAGUAUUCGACCUGAUACUUACACUGGCGAUAGCGGCGUACCUCACGGUAAUCUACUUCGCCAUGCAACUGUUCCCUCGGUUCUACGGAGAGUACGCGCGGAUAGUCACCGGUAAAGCCAAAGUACAAUAGACGUAGUCUUAUAAAAACGUUGGAUUCAUUGUAUAGCUAGGUGAGUCUUUAUAAACUACCCAUACUAUUACCACGGUCACGAGUACUAUAGUCCGGCAAUCUCGUGCGCGACCCUCCUGCGGGGCGACAGACGGUGGCGGGGACGGGGUAGCGCGUCAUCAUCUUGACAUUCUAGAACACGGCUGCACACGUAGAGAAGUGUGCCAGGAUAAAUCUUGCGAUAAGUUGUACUUACUUGUGACGUAAUAUAUGUAGGAGUGAAUAAAAAGAUAGAACUAUUUUAUUUUAUUUUUAUUAUUAUGCUUGAGGACCAACUAUUAGGAAAACUAAAAAUUAAAUAUUAAUAGAUUGUUUUAUUAUAAAUCAAUUUCCAUGUUUCAUUUCCAUGCUAAAUUAAUUUCGUUUACGUAUUCGGCCGACGUUCGGUAAUUUUU